AUGGCCAAAUCCAAGAAGAACCUCAACGUUGAGGAAGGCACCGCCGAUGAGGGCCAAACUGAGGCACCUCAUCCCUCUGAAUCCGUAGAGAUUCAAGAACCCCUUGCCGGUCGCAUCCUACAACUAGAGCGGGACUUUAACCGCUGGAAAAGAGAGAUGCACAACAUGGACCAGCAACGUAGAAAUGAGGCCGUCCGUCGAGAGGAAGAACAACAACGUGAAACCAAUGAGAUGAAGGGCAUGCUUAAAGCGAUUACAGCCCACCUCAACAUUGGUACAGAUCGACCCACCUCGGACCCCUCCACAUCAGGUCGAGACAAGGGCAAGGGCAGAUAUGUGGAAGCGGAUACGCAUGACGCUUCACAUUUAGGCACCCCUCGUGAAGGUGCCGGAAGGGGCAGAAUGCACCCACCGCCGGAUCGCACUCAACAAGAGAUGCGAGGUUCCUUCCAACAGCAACGCAUUGGCAAUCAUAGCCAAAGCCGAAGCUUUUAUGGCUCGGAAGGAGAGGAGGGUGAAUCUCCUCAAAGAGAACGAAGAAGAACCAACUCUCGUCAAGAAGAAAGAAGAACCCCCACGGUUAGAUACGAGUUUCCGAAGUUUAAUGGGGAAGGUCUAAGAGAGUGGCUCUUCAUGGCAGAGCGUUACUUUGUUUGCCAUCGUAUCCCGGAUGAGGAAUGGAUAGAGAUAGCGGCCGCCAAUACCACAGGCGAAGCCACUACCCAAUAUCUCUGGUUUGACCAUAAAACUAGAGAUCCAACUUGGGAGAAGUUCAAAGCGAGCUUCCAACUCCGAUUCGGUGACUCCACCUAUUUGGACUACGACGAAGACUUGAAGAAGUUAGUCCAAAGAACGACCGUGCCAGCCUACCACAAAGAGUUCAUCCGUUUGGCUAGCCGAGUCCAAUGGACCGAGAAGGCGCUUAUUGGAGCCUUCAAGGGUGGAUUAAAACAAGAGGUUGUCCUCGAAAUGAAAGUCCAGAACUAUGACACCCUCGAAGAAUGUUUUGCCAUGGCGCGAAUAUGUGAGGAGCGCCUAGAGGAGAAGCGAGCCCUAAAAAGGACUCGCAAAUUUGACAAGCAGAAGAAGAAACCAGCGUUCUCUUCUAGCUCACGGCCCAGGGGUAAUGAAUCAACUCCCUACCCACCUCGACGGGAGUUCAGGGCCGAUACAAGAUCUGGUAGGAACCCCCCUACCCGCUAUCUCACACCGAAGCAAAUUGAAGAGUAUAGACGAAAAGGCUUAUGCUAUCGUUGUGAGGCCAAAUGGGAUAAGAACCAUCAAUGCAAAUCCUUCUUCCAUGUAAUGGUGGUCAGUGAUCCCGAAUACAGCAACAGCUCGGAUAGUGACUCAUCCUCGAGUUCACCUUCCAGCUCUAGCUCCUCUUCUGAGGAAGAGGAGAGAACAAGGAGAAAGGCCAAGAGGCCGGAAAAGGCAGAAACGAAGAAAGAAGAGGCUCCAAAAGCCGAAGGCAAACCCGAAGAGGGUGAGUCUCUUCACACCAUGCAAGACCCCCACAAGCCCAACGCCAUGCGAGUAUUUGGGCGUAUCAACGGGCAAAAAGUUUUGAUUUUGCUUGAUUGUGGAGCAACGAACAACUUCCUAACCGAGGAAGCGGCUCAAAGAUGCAAUGUUGCCUUGCAACCAAGUAAACCCCAAACGAUUGUCGUGGGAGGGGGCCACCGGCUGAAGUGCAUGCACGAGGUUAAGGACAUGGAGGUCACCAUCAAGAAACGCACCUUCAAAGUUGACUCGUUGGUCAUACCCUUGGAUGGAGUCGACUUAGUCCUAGGCAUGUCUUGGUUCUUAUCGUGGAAAGAUAUCCACUGGGACGUCAAGAAUUUCUCUAUGACGUUCAUUCCAGAGCUUGAUGGGGAGCCCAUCACGUUGCAAGGACUAGCCAGCAUGACAAGUCCUAAGGCCGCCCUGCGUUGCCUCGACCAGGAGCAGCCCGCUUGCUGGGUCCUUACGCUAGCUACAGAUGUUCCGGGAUCGGAUGAGACGAUUGAAGAACCGAUCCCACCCUCAAUUCAGAAUGUAUUGAAUGAGUUCCCGGAAAUAUUUGCGGAACCAAAAAGCCUACCUCCUCAAAGGGCCUAUGACCACCGCAUAGUACUCACGCAAGGAGCGGAGCCUGUAAACGUCAGGCCUUAUCGGUAUGGGUAUAGUCAGAAGGCGGAAAUUGAACGCCUCGUAAAAGAGAUGCUCCAUGAUGGUAUCAUCCGUCCGAGCUGUAGUCUGUUCUCUUCCCCAGUCCUUUUGGUGAAGAAGAAAGACAACACAUGGAGAUUUUGUAUAGACUACAGAGCAUUGAACGAGGUAACCGUCAAGGAUCGGCACCCAAUACCGGUCAUAGAUGAGUUGUUGGAUGAGCUCGCCGGCGCCACAAUCUUUUCAAAGAUAGACCUUCGCGCUGGCUAUCAUCAAAUAAGAAUGCAAGGCGAAGAUAUAUUAAAGACUGCUUUCCGUACGCACGAUGGGCAUUACGAAUUCUUAGUAAUGCCAUUUGGUUUAACAAACGCACCAGCCACCUUUCAGAGGUGCAUGAACGACGUGUUUCGAGAGCACCUACGCAGUUUUAUCUUGGUCUUCUUUGACGACAUCCUCAUCUACAGCCAGAGUGAGGAAAAGCAUCGGGAACACUUGAGCAUAACGCUAAGCAUAUUGAAGGAACAUCAGCUUUUUGCGAAGAUGUCCAAGUGGUACUACAGGAGGUUUAUACAAGGAUAUGGAAUUAUCGCACAACCUCUAACCCAAAUGCUAAAAAAGGGAGCUUUUCAGUGGACAGAGAAAUCUAAGGUCGCAUUUGACAAACUCAAAUCGGCCUUGAUGACCGCUCCAGUUUUGACACUCCCCGACUUCACUAAGACCUUUACCAUUGAAACCGAUGCAUGUGAAGUUGGCGUUGGGGCCGUACUCGGCCAAGAGGGUCAUCCCAUCGCAUACAUGUCGAAGGCCCUAACCAGUAGGGCGAAACCUCUCUCAACGUAUGAGAAGGAAUUGCUUGCCAUUGUAAUUGCGGUGGAGAAAUGGCGUCCCUAUCUGAUUGGACGCAGAUUCAUAGUAAGGACCGAUCAGAAUAGUUUGAGAUACAUGCUUAAGCAACGUGUAUCCACCCCCACACAACAACGCUGGUUAGCUAAGCUUUUGGGGUACGAUUUCGAGAUCGAAUACAAGAAAGGUCCUGAAAAUAAGGCAGCGGAUUCCCUAUCACGCCUUACCGAACAAUUCAUGACACUGUCAGUGGUGGAAACCAACUUAUGGGUACGAUUGGCCAACGAUCAAGAUAAUGACCAAUCGACCAAAUUACUUAAGGCUGCAGAAAAGCAGAAUCCGGGUUCCAUCCCUUUACAUUCGGUAAAAGGGGAUCUUCUUUUUAGGAAGGGUCGGGCUGUUGUCCCUCCUAAUUCAGAGCUGAAACAAGAGCUUCUGCAGCACUUCCAUGACUCGCCUGCUGCAGGACACGAAGGGGUCGCUAAGACCGUGAGUAGAGUCAAGGCCCAGUUCUGGUGGCGAGGACUGAAGGCCGAUGUGCAAAGAUACAUCCGUCAGUGCAAGAUUUGCCAAAGGGAGAAAUACGAGGCAAUCAAGCCUCCAAGUCACCUAAAUCCACUCCCAAUUCCUACAAGACCAUGGACGGAUAUCACCAUGGAUUUCAUUGAUGCUAUGCCUCGCUCAGAAGGAAAAGAGGCAAUACUAGUUGUGGUUGAUAGGCUGUCUAAAUACAGCCACUUUGCACCAUUGCCACGACUGUACCAAGGGCCAAUGGUGGCUCACGUCUUCCAGGAGUACGUUGGAAAACUCCACGGGAUGCCUCAGACGAUCAUCUGCGACAGAGACUCUACUUUCAUGAGCGCGUUCUGGAAAGAGUAUAUGAAGACGUUAGGUACAGAACUUCGGUUCAGCACUGCCCAUCACCCGCAAACCGACGGGCAAAGCGAGAUUGUGAAUCGGUCUCUCGAGACUUAUCUCAGAUGCUUCGCGGGAGAAAGACCUAAUUCAUGGGUCAAAUACUUACCCUGGGCCGAGUGGUCUUACAACACGAGUUGGCACUCGUCGGUAGGGAUGACUCCCUAUGAGGCAGUCUACGGUUUUCCACCUCCGGCCAUUCCAACUUAUGAAGGAGGUAGCACCUUAGAGGAUAAUGUGGACUGCGAACUGCGCACCAGAGAGGAGGUCCUUAACUCCUUAAAACAGAAUUUGAUUAAAGCGCAGAAUCGAAUGAAGCAAGUCUACGAUAAAGGUAGACAAGACCGAGCAUUCGAAGAAGGGCAGUACGUAUGGUUGAAGAGGCUUCCUCUGAAGCAGAAGUCUCUAAUGGGGCAGCCAUACUCGAAACUUCUGCCGCGUUACUAUGGGCCAUAUCCCAUAUUACAGAAAGUCGGCAAGGCCGCAUACCGAUUGGGAUUGCCCAUUGAGGCACAAGUCCACCCUGUGUUUCAUAUCUCUCGCUUGAAACCACAUCAAGGCGAGAUACCGACUACCGUGGAACAUGUGCCGGACCAGUUGCCGACGCCUUACAGAAUUUUAAAGCACAGAUAUACAAGAAGGCAAGGCAGAACAAGGCAUGAAGUAUUGGUCGAGUGGGAAGGCCCCGACCAAGGAACCUCUUGGGAGGAAUUUGGGUCAGUUGCUCAUCGUUUUCCCUCUUCCAGCGCUCGAGGACAAGCGCAAGAUGAGCCCGUGCUUGAGGAGAAUCCUCAUGACACUCCCGAAGAGGCUCAGCCAUCACAGAGAGGCCAAGUGCCCGACUAUGCUUUAGGACGCAUCCUAAGCAUAGAAAAAGAAUUAUUACAGAUGCGUACCGACAUGGCUAAGGUAGAGAACUUGAGAAAGAAAGAAAUGGACCGUCAAAAUGCAGACCGACAAAAAGAAAUGGAUGAGAUACGGACCAUGUUCCGUCAAAUGUCUACCACCCAAACGCAAGCCAUCGUCGCGGAAAGGACCACUCAAGGUCUGAAUGCACAGAGAGGGAAAGGUUUGUUAGCAGUACCUGGCUAUCAGACCGACACUGAGAUCAAUCCCAACAACAUAUCUCACGUUGGGACAAGCACGGAAGGGGGUAGGCUCAUGCGUCCCCCACAAGACAGGUACCAACAAGAGCCCUAUAGCGAAUACUACAGGACUCCUCGUGGCCCACGGAUAGGCCAAACUCUUCAAAACCCAAUGUACGAAUUAUCUGAUGGUGAAGAUGAAUCACCCCUUCGCCCAAGGAGAACUCGAAGAGAACCACCUCGUCUAGAAGAAAGACGUACACCAUCUGUCAAGUACGACUUUCCAAAAUUCAACGGAGAGCACCUCAGAGAGUGGUAUUCAUGGCAGAACGUUUCUUCAUGUGCCAUCGUAUUCCACAAGAAGAGUGGAUAG